AUGGCAGAAGCUGCACUAUGUCAACAAUCAAAGGAGCAAAUUCCUCCUCAACAAGGCUUUGAAACUAAGGCGCAUCAGUCCUGUUGCAUGCUACAGGAACCAAGUAAAUCACAUCACAAUCCUGGCAUUGUUGUCCACCAACUCGACGGUGAACCCCAGGAAGGGAGUCACAUACAGCACAAAUUUGAGGAGGAUGUGCAACAGUGCGAAUGUAAGCCACAGAAGACAUGCAAUCCACACCUCAACCCUGAGAGCAGUGUCCAACAGUGUCCCAACAGUGACCGACAGGCAUCAGAUCGUCCACACCACAACUCUGGAGAAGGCAUGCAACAAUGUGAAUAUAAUCCCCAGAAACCAUGCAAUUCCCAUCAAAACUGUGACAACGACGCAAAGCGUCACACCAUCAAAACACAGGAAGCAGGUCAUUCGCAUCACAAACCCAAGGAGAUCCCUCAACAGUGCAUAUGCGAGCCAUGUGGACCAUGCAAUCCACACCCUAACCCCGACAGUGGCGAAAAGCAUUACGACGAUGAAGCAAAAGAAUCAAGUGGAUCUCAGCACAACCCCAACAAUGACGCAUUUCAGCCUGACUGUAUGCCACAGGAUCCAGGCGAUUCUCAGUACGAUUUUGACGAGGAUGUUCAAGAAACCAACAUCAAGCCAAAGAAGUUAAUUGAGCAACUGCAGAAUGCAGACGACUUUAUAGAAGAGCUCGGAACAAACUCACAGAAAUCGAGUAAACCCACACAAAAUACUGGUGGUGAACAACAAAAAGGCGGUUUACAAGAUAGUGCCACACAUUUACCUGAAUACUUUAGCAAAAAAACUGCAGCAACAUCCCAAACAUCCAUACUUAAGCCCUUCAUUCUUUUGAUUCUGUCGAUCUUCACACUUCUCAACUCUACUACACAUGCUUAA